AUGGCUCCCACACCCAUAGACGACAAUCUUUUACCCAACGACGAGACCAACCUGUUCGCCGACCCUACAGCCGCACCAAAGCCUGAAGCCAGAUACUGGACCAAAGCCAACAUUGCCUUCACCGUUGUUUUCGCUCUCCUCGCCCUGAUCAUCUUCGUCAUACUCCUCGCCUUCUACCUGCGCCGCCGCUCCCACAAAAAGAAGCACGCGAAUCACAAAUCCGACAAAGCCGCCCUCCUCCAAGACGAAGACAAAACCAGUAUGUUCAGCCGCGACCGCCACAGCAGCGUCACUCUGUACGUCGACGAGGAAAGCGAAGCACGGCGGAAACGAGCAAGCUCAGACACCAUAUCGCUUAUACCACUGCAAAUCACCCCGGUGGAAGAUGUGUACGAUCCAAUGGAGACGACGGCUGCGAGCAACGGAAGCGGUGUGAGUGCGAUGAGCCGCUUGAGUACGAACACUAUGAGCACAAUGAUGUUGAGCCCAAUAUCGCCGAAUGAGGAUGGGGAUUUGAGUGUUAGGCCGGGAGGGAGGCCUAGGAGCACGAGUACUGCGAGUCAGAGGGCGAGGUAUUAUGAGAGUACGCCCUUGGAUGUGGAGAGGCAGCCUGUGCCGAUUAUCGUGACGGAGUCGCAUUGA